AUGCCUAAACGCGCCGCAUCCCCAACAGUCGCCAACGAUGUGAGGGUGUUGGCAGUAUAUCGCCCUUAUCCGGUUUACGCCGAUCUCCGAUUCGAAAGUAAGGAUGCUCCCGAUUUUGUCUCCUGGAUUGCCGCCUGCCUUGGCGAUAUCAAGUACCUGGUUGCGAUUGGAUGGAAGCCAAAUUCAGGCAGCAUCGCCAUCGUCGAAAUUAGCAGGCGUUUCCAACAAUGGGCGAACAUUCUCGGGGAGCACAAAUGGAAGGACUUCCUCCUUCACCCCGAUGAAGCGGUUACCGGAAGGACUUCCAGGAUUUACUUCUCAUCACUUGCCGAUCACCGAGCGUGCGAAAAGUCUGGCUGGAAGUUCAAGUACUUGGACGAAGCCUUUAUCAGGACCAACGUGCAACUUGAUCUUUUUCGCUAUCCAUAUCCAAAGAGUACGUGGUGCCCCGAGCCCAUUGUAGAUCAGACAAAUGAGAGUGUUUGUCGUCCCCUUCCGGAGAGUCUCUUCCCUGGCUCGGCACCAAAACCCAAACCUGUGCUUGUCCCUGGAUCUUUGAGCUGGGUCCAACGCGCUGAAACCGGAGGUACCAGCCGUAGUCACCCCAAGUCUCAGCGUGUCGAACCACCGCUUUCUCCUAAUCUUGAGAAAGGCACUCCCACUAAACCCAAACCUCAGGUUACGAGUCCUUCUCGAUCUUCUUCGAUCUCCUCUAUUUCUGGUGUUACGGGGCUUGUUCAAGAGUUCACAAUUGCCGACACUCUGUCCGCGUAUGAUGUGUCUUCUUGGGACGAAUUCGAUGAUACGACGUCCACAUUGUUCGAGAAGAACCCACGCCCCGAUAUAAUAACGAAUGAAACGACGGUAGUUCAGCCACAACCUGAGGAAAAUCCGCAGAACCUAUGGGAGCAGGAUAACCUUACGGAACGCAAGGUAUACGAUGACCUCGAGGUUUGCCCAACCCACAAGGUCCGAUGCAAGCCCAAUAUCUGUGCCGACUUUUCCGAUCACAUGAAGAGACACGGGCUCGAUCCAAAACACUUUCAACUGAUAGGUGGACCCAGCAAUGCAUAUACGUUACAGCGAGAGAAAGAACUGCAAAAGCAGCAGGAUGGCAGUCGGGAGCCUGCCAACCGUCGCGGACGCAGCCGUGGACGUGGUCGCGGUCGUGCCAUGCCACGCGGUCCAUUUGCCAACCCGUGGUAA